CCCAGCGCUUGCCGAGCCAACUGGCAACACUACACAAGAAAAACACGUGUAUCGAAAUUAAGUGCGAAUCAAGCUUCUUCAAGGAAUGGUUACAUUUUGUUACGCAUACAGAUAUCCCCACAAAUGACAAGAAUAUUAAAUACAAUUUGGGAACUACGAAGAACUACGGAAAAAGUUCCUGAGAGUAUAGACCACAGUGUAGUUGAAAACCCUAUAUAAGAAGAAAGAAGAAAAAAUCCAGAGGACAAGAAUCUAAAACCCCAUCAAAGAUAAAAAUAAUAAAAACAAAAUCAAGACAAACAUUAGAAAAGAGAUCGUCAUGGAUCAGACAGAAGAUGUCACCUUGACGAAGCAAAUUCUAAAUAAUUAUAUAAUGAAGAACAAGCAUAUAGCAUGUAAAAGUAAAAAGUUUGUCAUUGACAAACUCAUCCGUCAGGUCAAAAAGCUACGACAGAAAAAGGCCAAGUCAGAAGAGCAGAAAAAGCUAUUUGAGAGGAAGGCAGAUCGACUUGUUGAAGAAGCUGUUAUUCUUAAGAGAAUACGGGCAGCCACAGUUUUGAAGUUUGGUAUCUUGAAUAAGAAGUCUUUUGGCCAGGUGGUUUCAUCACCAGACUGUAAAAUAGAAGAGCGGGCAUUAUGCAGACUGAUGGAACAGAAACAUUUACAUGAGGUUGUCUGCAGUUUCAGAAAGAAUUAUCCGCACUAUGAACUAGAAGUUCCACUGAUAUUACAA